AGCGUCCGUCACUUCCUGAACGCUGGCCUUUGUGUCUGGGCAGCAUAUCUAGGGUGCUGGAGGCUACAAGCCGUCUCCAACGCUGUGCGCUCCCUCACGGUGCUGCAGCUGUCCCUCGUCCAGAGGUCACUGGUUUUGGUGGAGAGCAUUAAGAGAAUGGGCCCAGUGUGGCCGUGGCUGCUGGGAGCCGGAGUCCUGGCCUCUGUCUGCUGUCAGCCCUUUCCCACCCAUGGAGACAACAGCCCCGGGGUGCCACAGCCCCCCAGCCACCAGCUCGCAGAGCUAGCCCCUGCCCACCACAGAGUUGCGCCCACCGUUACCAGUUUUGCUUUGCGCCUGUAUAGGCAGCUGGCGGCACACAACCCAGGAAACAUCCUCUUCUCCCCAGUGAGCAUCUCCAGCACCCUGGCCCUGCUGGCCCUGGGGGCCCACGGUGACACCCAGACUGAGAUCCUGGAGGGCCUAGGCUUCAACCUCACAGAGACCCCAAGCACCGACAUCCACCGGGGCUUCCAGAGCCUCCUCCACACCCUUGACCUGCCCAGUCCCAAAUUCGAACUGAAGGUGGGCAACUCCUUGUUCCUGGACAAGCAGCUGAAGCCUCAGCAGCGCUUUUUGGACAGCAUCAAGGAGAUGUAUGGAGCUGUGGCUUUCUCUGCCAACUUCACCGAUUCGGCCACAACUGGGAGGCAGAUCAACGAGUUUGUAAAGAAGCAGACCUACGGGCGAGUGUCAGACUGCUUCCCGGAGCUGGGCCACGACACAUUCAUGGUUCUCCUGAACUACAUCUUCUUCAAAGCCAAGUGGAAGCAUCCUUUCGACCGCUACCAGCCCCGGAAGCAGGACGAGAGGGGCUCGUCGCCGCGCGCGCCCCUGAUGCAGCAGCGGGGGAUGCACAGGUUCCUGUACGACCAGCAGGCGGCGAGCACCGUGCUCCAGCUCGAGUACAGCGGCCACGCGCGGCUGCUGCUCGUGCUGCCCGACCCGGGGAAGCUGCGGCAGGCGGAGGCCGCGCUGCGCCCCGAGACCCUGCGGAGGUGGGGCCGGCGCUUCCAGCCCAGCCUGCUGGAUUUGCACUUGCCAAGAUUUUCAAUUUCUGGAACAUAUAACCUGGAAGACAUCCUUCCCCAGAUUGGCCUCAGCAACAUACUCGACCUGGGAGCUGACUUUUCAGGAAUUGCUGGGCAGCUCAACAGAACCAUCUCCUGGGUGUCACACAAAGCGGUGGUGGACAUGAACGAGAAGGGAACUGAGGUAGGGGCUGCCUCAGGCCUCCUCGCCCAGCCGCCUGCCCUGAACACCACAUCCUCGACACCACACGCCCACUUCAACAGGCCUUUCCUGCUGCUGCUGUGGGAGGUGACCACGCAGAGCCUGCUCCUCCUGGGCAAAGUCGUCAACCCAGCGGCAGGGUGACCCUGUGGGAGCUCCAGGUGGCUUCUCUGCCCUGGCCAAACAGGAAGCCCAGCUGCAGCCUGCACUUUGGGAUGGCUGUGUGGGCCACUGCACUGGGUCCACAGACGCUAAUAAAGUAUGGGUUUGUGAACCCUGAGGAACUGA